AAACUAUGCCUUUUUUGGAGUUGGGAUUGUACUUUUGCCCAUUUGGCAGAAAGCCCUGGAUGCAAACAAAACUCCAUGAGUGGAAAGGCUGCUCAAAUGGUGCACAGUUGUUUUGGUGACUCAAAUCCUUCCUAUUGAUUCAGCCUUCAUGUCAGCGUUUCCUUAUGCCUGCAAGAAUUUGGGCGGGCUGUAUUAGAAACACUUGGAGCACCAAUUGCUUUUUUACCCUCUUCCUAAACCAUAAGCCAUCUGUCUGCAUAAUUUAAGCUCUGACAGCUUUGUAAAAAAAAGACUACUCUGCUGAACUAAGCUGGUGACCAAAAACAUGUUUAACACAGGAGUUUCGACCUAUCUGUGCUUGUUUUUUGCCUGCUGCUUCUGCUGCAGCAGAGCUAUGCCGACUAAACUCAGCAACGAGGCUGUGAAUGACAGAUCUGUGAUAGGUGUUUUAACUCAGGUUGUUACAGAUGAAAUUAUGAAACCAUUUGGGAGGACUUACAUACCUUCCUCUUAUGUGAAAUACAUUGAGUCUGGGGGCAGCAGAGUGAUGCCUAUAAGAUUAACUCUGACUACAUCUGAAUAUGAGAACAUUUUCAGGAAGAUAAACGGGUUGAUUUUCAUCGGGGGAGCUGCAGAUUUGGAGACUUCAGACUUUGCCCGGGUGGCGAAGAUUUUUUACAGGCUCGCUCUGGCGGCUAAUGAUGCCGGGGACUACUUCCCAAUUUGGGGCACAUGCAUGGGAAUGCAGCUACUCACUGUGCUGGUGGCUGGUGAAAAUCUCCUGACAAAAACCCCAGCUGAGAACUUAGCAUUGCCCCUCAACUUAACCACAGAGGCGCAGUCCAGCCGGAUGUUCAAUAGUUUCCCAGAUGAGCUCAUCAAUGCUUUGACCCAGGAACCUCUGACUGGCAAUUUUCACCACUAUGGAAUUACAGUAAAGGACUUCCAGGAAAAUGAGAUGCUACAGAGUUUCUUCACCAUCCUGUCAACAAACAUCGCUAAGAACGGAGCUCACUUUGUCUCAACUUUCGAAGGUAAAAGAUAUCCUUUUUAUGGAGUUCAGUGGCACCCGGAGGUGAAUCGUUUUCAGUGGUACAGAAAGGCGAAUUUCCCUCACUCCCGUCACGCCGUGCAGUUAUCGUCGGAGCUAGCUGAAUUUUUUGUCAAUGAAGCAAGGAGAAGUUUACAUCACUUUGACAGUCCUGCAGAAGAGGAAUCAUCACUGAUUUACAACUACUCACCUGUCUAUGUUGCAAACAUCACAACAUAUGAGCAGAUCUACUUCUUCUGAGCUACUCUUGCAGCUGAAUGGAUCUCUGCACGUGCAAAUGUUUAUAUGCUCUAGUGUCUGUAGGACGCUGGCAAGUAUGCUGGUUUUAAUCACAGAUAAUCAAAAGUGUUGUUUAAACCUUUGUCCUGAUUCAGUGUGUUUGUAUUUCACUAAGGAAGUAUUUUUGCUAGCAAUUAUGGCAUUACCUACGCAGAACUAUUACUUAUAUUACUUUAAUGGGAAAAACAACACAUUAAUGUGCUCGUUUGUAAAAGUGAAGUGAGACUAUCAACCCUGUAAAUGUGAAUGUGUUUGAAGUAGAACAUCUGGAUAGAUUUUAGGACAACUGGGUCUUUUGUACUUGGUCAUUUAAUAAACAAAUUUUUUUUUUUUUUUUUUUUUUGAAGCCAAGUUAAAAUAAGUUUUGCACAAACAGCUCCCCUCUGAGUGAAAAAUAUCUUCCAGUUCUACUUAAUAAUUAAGCGAUCAAUUUCAUAUGACAAACCUGGGUAUCAUAAAUGUGUUACCUCUUUUGCUCUUCAGCAUAGGAGGUAACACAUUUAUGUGUGUAAUGCAAAAAACAGGAAAUAAAAGCUCUCAAACAUCUUCAGCGCACAGAAAAACAAAUUAAUUAGCCUUGCUGUUCUAGUACCUUUGGGGGGCACUGUGAGUCUAUUAAAGACAUGUGACAUUCA